AUGAGCCUCAUGGCAAUGCGCAAUUCACCGCUGGGCUUGGCAACACGUCUGUUCAAGCCUGUAUCCAUUUCCAACCAAUAUAUCCGAUCACUCCACAAGAACGCGCCCCCGCCCGUGCCAUCUCCGACCCCUUUCGUUCCUGAUGUCCAGACCUUCCUCACGCUGAUUGGCCGCGAAAUGUCCAAGCAAGCGAGCAAAAUUCCCUCAUGGCAAGACCUUUUUACCUUAAACUCCAACCAGCUCCGCCAAGCCGGCAUUGAGCCAGCCCGCCAGCGUCGGUACCUGAUCCGGAAGCGCGAGAAGUUCAGGAACGGACUGUACGGCCCUGGAGGUGACCUGGAGACUGUGGUCGAUGGGGUUGCACAAUUGCGGGUUGUUGAAGUGCCUCUUAAUGCCAGAGGCCUGACACAUGGAGGCACACAAGCUGCCGUUCAAACCUCUUCCGCUACACUGUCACCUGGCAUGGUGAAAGCCAUUGUUAACCUCGCACCUGAUGUCACCACUUAUCAUUAUGGCAAAAAUCAACUGAUCAAGAAAUUUGCGCACAUGAAGAUUCAUCGUGGCUGCCAGCCUAUGGGUCCGUUCCUUCAGCCUUUGAAGGGUUCCAAUGGUACUGCUGCUACCAUUUCGGUCCAGGAGGGCAUGUGGGAGGACAAGCGGGGACAGAAGGUUGAUGGUGGUGAACGACGACGCCGGGAGGUUCAGAACAAGAAGAGGCUGGAUGAGAGAAAGAAGGCGUGA